GCUGACAUCGCCGUUCUGCCUCCCGCCUUCCCUGUUUGGACUCCUCCGCGGGCGCUGAGCAGGGGCCGAGAAGCGGCGGCGGAGAUGCGGCGGGAAAGAUGCUCUGCCCAUGACCCUACUGUGCUCCUUCCUCACUACUGAAUAACUGUCAGAAGAACAGAAGAUCAAGACUGAAUAUAUGAAGGAAGACAUUGAGGGACCUGCUGAAGAUGAGGCGACUGAAUAGGAAGAAGACCUUGCAUUUAAUGAAAGAGCUGGAUGCUUUUCCAAAAGUUCCUGAAAGCUACAUAGAGACUUCAGCAAGUGGAGGAACAGUUUCUUUAAUAGCCUUUACCACGAUGGCCCUCUUAACCAUAAUGGAGUUUACAGUAUAUCGAGAUACCUGGAUGAAAUAUGAGUAUGAAGUUGAUAAGGACUUUACUAGUAAAUUAAGAAUCAAUAUCGACAUUACUGUUGCAAUGAAAUGUCAAUAUAUUGGUGCCGAUGUGCUGGAUUUGGCAGAAACAAUGGUUGCCUCUGCUGACGGAUUAUCUUAUGAACCAGUAAUAUUUGAACUAAGUCCUUUGCAAAGAGAAUGGCAAAGGAUGCUUCAGAUCAUUCAGAGCAGGUUGCAAGAAGAACACUCCCUUCAAGAUAUACUAUUCAAAACUGCUUUUAAAAGUGCUUCCACGGCACUGCCACCAAGGGAGGACAAUACGUUGCAGCCUCCAGAUGCUUGCAGAAUCCAUGGGCAUCUGUAUGUUAAUAAAGUAGCAGGGAACUUUCACAUAACUGUGGGCAAGGCAAUUCCUCAUCCAAGAGGCCACGCACACUUGGCAGCUCUUGUGAGCCAUGAAUCAUACAAUUUCUCCCACAGAAUAGAUCAUUUGUCUUUUGGUGAACUCAUACCGGGGAUUAUUAAUCCUUUAGAUGGUACUGAAAAGAUUGCGUCAGACCACAACCUGAUGUUCCAGUACUUUAUUACAGUCGUGCCAACAAAGCUUCAUACGCACAAAAUUUCAGCAGAAACUCAUCAGUUCUCAGUGACAGAAAGGGAAAGAGUGAUCAACCAUGCAGCUGGGAGUCAUGGGGUGUCUGGCAUUUUCAUGAAAUAUGACAUUAGUUCACUUAUGGUGACUGUGACAGAAGAGCACAUGCCUUUCUGGCAGUUUUUAGUGAGACUUUGUGGCAUCAUUGGAGGAAUCUUUUCUACUACAGGCAUUUUACACGGCAUUGGAAGAUUCAUAGUGGAAAUUAUCUGCUGUCGUUUCAAAUUAGGAUCAUACAAAUCAACAUCUGUCACACUUCCAGAUGGCCACCUAAACAACCACGUACCUCUAAUGACAGAUGAUGCUAUGCAUUAGCACCUUCUUUGGACACUAUUAUCCCUUCUGCCUAAUGGAGAAGAUGCUUUUUUAAAAUAACAAAACAUUGUGCAAUAUGUUAAGACAGUGCUGAUGGGCAGCAAAAACAAAAAUCAAGUCUUUUAAAAAAACACACACACACACAAACCGUAUCCGUGUGGCUUGUCUGUCCUUUUCACAAAGAAGACAAGGAAUCCAAUGAGAUCAGCCUCUCUUCUCGAAUGAACAGAUUCAGUGUUGGGAUGUGACUGCAAUUCACUGGACCGUUUGUUACAGAAAAGGAAGGUGGCCGCUGAAAUAGCCGCACUUGGCGCUCUGGGUUCCAAGUGUCACAAACACUCCCCAGUGCUCAUGUGCAAAGGAGCAAACCAGGAGGGAUGUGUACUUUCGACAUGCAUUGUACCAGGAAAAAAUAGCAGGACAAGUCUAAAACUACAUUUUGUUGUCA